AUGGCCAGUCCAACAAUCGACGAACUCCUCCAAUACCAGAGCUUCAAGACGCUCACCCCUGAUCAGGUAUCGUCAUUCAUGAAGCAUGGCUUCCUGCGCGUGCCAGGAGCCAUCCCACUAGAUAAGUGUGAUUGGUGGACUCGAAAUGUGUGGCACCGGCUGGGGAUGGAUCCUAAUGACAAGUCGACAUGGACGGCUGAGCGGUCUCACAUGUCCAAGCAUCAUGUCGUUCCGGCAAAGGAGAUUGCGCCUCGCGCCUGGGCCGCUAUUUGUGAGUUGUGCGGCGGUGAGGACCGCAUCGCUCAAGGGGGAGAGAUGUGGACAGAUGGAUUUAUCGUCAAUCACGGGAGCCCGGAGACCGAGGGCAAGAGGGUGCCACCGAAGGAGUUGACCGGCUGGCAUGUCGAUGGCGAUUUCUUUAUCCAUUUCCUCGACAGUCCUGAACAGGCGUUGCUCGUGAUUCCCUGCUGGAGCGAUGUCGAUGAGAAUGCUGGAGCAACGUGGAUUUGUGACGAGGGUCCCAAGCGGAUUGGGCAGGUUCUGUAUGAUCAUCCUGAAGGUUUGAAUCCAAUGAUGAAUGAGCGUGGGCAACCGAAGGUGCCCUACAAUCAGCACUCAUUUUUCAAUAAAACAAUACGGGAAGCAUCUGACGAAAGCUUUCACGAGAUGACCGGCAAAAAGGGGGAUGUUGUCCUCAUGCAUCCGCUUAUGUUGCACAGUGCCAGUAAGAAUGGUUUGAGAUCAAUCAGAAUAAUCACAAAUCCACCGGUUUCACUUUCGGCUCCGUUCCAGUUCAGCAGAUCAAAUCCAGCUGAGUAUAGCCUCGUCGAGCUAAAGACUAUGCAGGAUCUCGGAGGGCCGGAGAAAUUCAGAGACUGGAAGAUCACGGGCGAGAGAGAGAUGUUCCUUCCCGAGCGCUUCUCUCUGCAAGAGAAGAAGCGACAGGCAGAGAAUGAAAGACUUCGAAAUUUGGGAUUGCCUCUCGCAGAUGAUUCCAUCAAUCAAAUACCCCAUCUAAUGGCAUCGAGACAACAAGCAGCGCAGGCAGGCGCGUAG